UUCCUGCCCGACAUGAGAGGAGGUUCUGUACGUGGCAGCGAAAAAAUCCUUACAUUUUCAGUAACCUCGGGGUGCCUUGAACAUAUCUUCACAUUCCGUUAAUGGUGAAGCACAUCGUACUAAGGGAAAAGUAACAUAGUGUUCCAGAUGGAUAUCUUCUUCUGGAAAGAAGACUAGCUGGAUCAAGAACACCUCACUUACAGAUUACCCAGAGGAGUUCUGUGUAAUGUAGAUAGCACACUCCCAAGUGUUUGUUCAGCGUCACAAUGAUGAAGUGCCUACCCUUCCUAACCUGGGCUCUGGUCUGCUGCUGUUGUUGGGGAGUGCAAGCGGAGAUCUUCACCUCUAUAGGUCAAAUGACGGACCUGAUCUUCACGGAGAAGGAGCUGGUCCAAUCCCUGAAGGAGUACAUCAAAGCGGAGGAGUCCAAAUUAGCGGCUGUCAAGGGCUGGGCCAACAAGCUGGAAGCAUUGACCCGGGCCUCGACCUCUGACCCUGAAGGCUACCUGGCGCACCCGGUCAACGCCUACAAGCUGAUGAAGAGACUCAACACCGAGUGGGGCCAGCUGGAGAGCCUGGUUCUGCAGGACCCCUCAGAUGGGUUCAUCUCCAACAUGUCGGUGCACAGGCAGUUCUUCCCAGAUGAGGAGGAUGAGAAGGGGGCUGCCAAGGCUCUGAUGCGCCUCCAGGACACAUACAAACUGGACUCGGAAAGCUUCUCCAAAGGCAAGCUGCCAGGGAUGCACUCCAACGCCCUGCUGACGGUGGACGACUGCUACGACAUGGGGAAGACGGCGUACAACGAGGCGGACUACUACCACUCCGUGCUGUGGAUGCAGCAGGCCCUGCGGCAGAUGGACGCCGGCGAGGACGCCGUGGUGACCAAGGCCGACGUGCUGGACUACCUGAGCUACUCGGUCUACCAGAUGAACGACCUGCCCCGCGCCAUCGAGCUCACGCGGCGCCUCGUCGCCGUCGACUCCGGCCACCAGAGGGCAGGAGGGAACCUGCGCUACUUUGAGCGUCUGCUCGCCAAGCAGCUGUUGGAGCUGAACCAGGAGUCCCAGCCGCCCGUCUCUGAGGAGCCCAUCCAGUUGGGCACCUACGCCCGGCCCAAGGACUACCUGCCCGAAAGAGAGACCUACGAGGCCCUGUGCAGGGGCGAGGGAGUCAAGAUGACCACCGCGAGGCAGAGCCGCCUAUUCUGUCGUUACCACGACGGCAAGCGGAACCCCCGUCUGCUACUGAAGCCGAUGAUGGAGGAGGACGAGUGGGACAGCCCCCACAUCGUACGCUACCUGAACGCCCUGUCAGACCUGGAGAUCGAGAAGAUCAAGGAGCUGGCCAAGCCCAGGCUUGCCAGAGCCACAGUUCGAGACCCCAAAACAGGCGUCCUGACCACAGCCAACUACCGAGUAUCAAAGAGUGCGUGGCUGGAGGGGGAGGAGGACCCUGUCAUUGAGCGUGUCAACCAGAGGAUACAGGACAUCACAGGUCUGACAGUACAGACUGCAGAGCUGCUCCAGGUCGCUAACUACGGGGUCGGAGGGCAGUACGAGCCCCACUACGACUUCUCCAGGAGAGAUGAGCCUGAUGCUUUCAAAACAUUAGGCACUGGAAAUCGCGUGGCCACUUUUUUGAAUUACAUGACUGAUGUCGAGGCUGGAGGAGCCACGGUCUUCCCAGACUUUGGAGCAGUCAUCUGGCCUAGAAGGGGAACUGCAGUCUUCUGGUACAACCUCUUCAGGAGUGGGGAGGGAGACUAUAGGACCAGGCAUGCUGCCUGUCCUGUCUUAGUAGGAAGUAAAUGGGGUGAGUUUGGUUAUUUAAGUGAAGCCCAUUUCACUGUAGUGGAAGCAGAUUUCUCCUGCAUGGUCAGUAGUCAAACGUUACAUUCUAGGUUAUGUUCAGACUGGCGGGGAUUGACUGUGUUGCAUCUCAUUUCAUGCCUGUCCUAAAAACCACGUACUGUCAGGUCUUAAAGUGAGCCUGGUCAACCCAAUGGAAGACUGUGGCUAUAAAACUGAACCUAGGGGCCUUGCUAAGUGGCAUUGACAUCAUCAUAGUUCUUGUCAUGGUAUGGACAAGCUGGACAUCCCAUAGUACUACAACAACAGCAUGGAAUGUAGCCAGAGGUUUGCUCAAAGCAAGACCCAGGGUCCUCUUCUAGGGGGCGUAGGCCCAAAUAAUGCUACUACUAGUAGUAGCACUACUGCUACUAUAAUUAUUAUUGCUCCUCCUAUUAUACUAAUACUUUUACUA